GCUUCAUCCCAGUCUCAGAUCUAAGUUUCGCCUUAGUCUGAGUGGCUGCCCAAUAAUAACUUAGCUUGACACACGCUUCUUGCCAUACCGCAGCACAGGCUGUUCAGACAGCGAGGCAAGACACGAUGAGCAACGACUACAAGGCAUCGAAGGAGGCGUUCGUGUCUGGGAUGACGGGUUCGACUAUUGGGCAUAUCAACAUGAUCUCUCUGGCCUCCUUGCUGUCAAUAGCUCUUCAUUCGGCCGUCAGGACGCGUCUCCCUCCCAGUCGCUCAUUCCAGUUCAUGACAGAGGCUCUCCUUCUUGUUCUACCUAUGCUCUUGUCUGUGACACUAUUCGCAAACUCCCCGCUUGUGCUCUGCCUGCUCCUCGCAAUACCCACCGGCUUGUUGCUUUUGCUUCCUCGUCGAGAGUCGGGGACGUUCCUCCCGUCGUCGCUGAGGCACAGCCGCCAAUCCUCGCGCGCAUCCAAUACCUCUCAGCAAACUAUUCCGUCAAGAGCCUUGUCAAUACCAGUCCCUCCGCUUCCGGCGCUCACAACGUAUCGGGCUCAUAUGCUCAUUUUGACGAUUAUCUGCAUCCUUGCCGUCGACUUCCCUGUAUUUCCACGGUUCUUGGCGAAGUGUGAGACCUACGGCGUUUCUCUGAUGGAUAUAGGUGUAGGAUCCUUCGUCUUCUCCCAAGGCAUUGUAUCUGCGAUACCUCUAGUGAAGAACCCUGCGCACCUUACCGAGCCACUCCUCCCCAAAGUCACGACUGUCUUGCGGAAAUGCUCAGCCGUCCUCCUCAUUGGCUUGCUUAGGACCAUUUCCGUCAAGGGGACCGAGUAUCCAGAACACGUAACGGAAUACGGCGUGCACUGGAACUUUUUCAUCACCCUCGGGCUGAUCCCUAUCAUCCAAGUGCUGCUCCACCCAGUGAUGGUGUACGUGCCGAUCUCCCUGCUCGGCCUAGUGGUCGCUGUCUCGCAUCAACUUGCGCUGUCAACUGGAAGGCUCGCGCAAUACGUGCUUGAUGCACCGCGCAUAGGCGUCGUCUCGGCGAACAAGGAGGGACUCAUAUCUCUUACAGGCUACCUCGCCAUCCAUCUCUUGGGCCUUUCCACCGGCACACUCGUCCUCGCACCCUCGCCUUCCUACUUCCGCCGCCGGCAGCAGCAGCUCGCCGAGCAUGCCCAGGGGGAUGCCCGCCAACGCCCAUCAACGAGCGACUCCGAUACCGAUGACGACGUCCCCGUGUCCGCCCAGGCCUCGCCCGUUUCCCCUAUCUCCCCAACCUCUCCCGUCUCCCCAGGCUCCCCCCUCUCUCCCUCUCCAGCGAAUAUCCCUAGUCGCACACGCGUCAAAGUCCGGCGCGAGAACGAUAAGACCGCGACGGAGCUCUGCUCCUACGCCGUCCUCUGGUGGGUCCUCCUGGGGGCGCUUAGGCUCUUCGACAUCGGGGCGGGCGUAUCGCGGCGGAUGGCGAACCUGCAGUACGUCAUCUGGAUCGCAGCGUACAACUCGACGUUCAUCCUCGGCUACCUCGUGCUCGACCUCGUGUUCUUCCCGAGUCCCCUGAGUCGGUCCGUGUACUCACCUACUUCCAAGCUGAAGAUACACCCAGAUGCCGGGGUGCUCAAAGCAACGGGGCAUGAGGCUGGGGCGGGGAGAGGGCGAGAAGGCAGUGGAAGGGAGGGCACAGGAGCACAGCCGCUCUUGGAGGCGAUCAACAAAAACGGGCUUAUGCUGUUCUUGCUGGCAAACGUGACGACCGGGCUGAUCAACCUGUCGAUGCAGACGAUAUACGCGUCGGACUGGGUCGCGAUGGUCGUCCUCACGCUCUACAGUUUCGGGAUCUCUGCUGUUGCGUGGACGUGCAGGCAUCGGAAGAUCUGGCGGUUUUAAAGGCGGCGACAGGUCCAUUUAUCGGGAUCGGUUGGGGGAUUAAACAUGUUACGAGAAAGAGAGUUUCGUAUAGAAUGGCGAC